GUUGAGGAGCUGUGGUGGGCGCUGCCGUAUGGGUCAUUUCUGCAAGUCGACUUCUACCAUGGCGAGGCGCAGGUGCAGGUUGUCCCCGAUUAUGCGGUUGAGCAGGACAUGUUGUCGAUAGAGAAGUUGCGGGAGCUAUGGGCAGGGGAGGUGGACGACACCGUGUGGGAAGGCUUAGAGUUGGGCGCCGUGGAGUGGGAGAGGCUCGAGUUCAAGCGUCAAGUGCAUGAGGCGGUGGCGCUGGUCACGGUCGGUGGGAGAGAAUUGGCGUUCAAGAGCUUGCUGAGACAGCAGAGGGACAUGUAUCACGAGUUGAAGAUGCUGCUGGUUUUGGAACGGCAUCCGAACUUGAUACCCCGACCGGUUGGGAUUGUGACAAAAAAGGGGAGGUUUGGAAACCGCAGGGGAGUGUGUGGGUUUUUGUUGGAGUGGUAUCCGCUCGGGUCGCUCAGGGAGAGGCUGCUCAGGGAUGACUACGAUACUUCAACGUCAAUGGAGCAGAGGUUUCGCUGGGCAAGGCAGGUGGUCGCGGCGCUUGUCCAUGUCAAUGGCCAUCCAUCGGGAUUUUAUCCAGAUCUGAAGCCUGACAACAUCUUGCUGCGGCAGGACGCAGAGACAGGGCUGCUGGACGCUGUCCUCAUCGACCUCGAACAGCGAGGGGGGUGGUUCUCGUGGAGCCCGCCCGAGGUGAGGUUUAUCGAGUAUCUCGAAAUCCUCGCCGGUUCGGCAGACACACCGGAAGACCUUAGGUUGGAAUUCCUAACCCAACUGCGGGAGUACUACGGCAACUCUAGCUGGGAGCCAGAGACAUCUUCCAACCAGCGCUAUCACAGCACCGAGGGCGGGUUCAGCGGGCCAUGGCUGGCAGUUUUGGGGGCACGGAGAGCCGGGAAAGAGAGUAAGGACUUGUUGGAAUUGGCCCAGGUAUUUAUGCUGGGAAAGCUGCUCUGGUGCAUCUUCGAGGGCCAGCCCUUCGUCAGAAGCGGCAUCGACCACGAAGUGCUGCGAGACACUGAUCCAGAAUAUGAAUCGAGGAGAACGGGGAAGGCCAUGGCCUUUCCUGAAUUCAGAAAGACGCCUGGCGCGCUUCGCCCGUUGAUACGAGCUUGCACAGCUGGCGCGCCCGAGUGGGGAGCUGACGGAGCCAGUCCCCGUCACGAGAUGAUUGUGGCAUUGCGAGGGGGGAAGCUGUACCCAGCAAAUCCAAGAGCCGAUCUAGGCGUCGUUACCGUUUCUGAUACGCUGGAGUCAGCCAGGGAAUUCUGGCAACGUGAGGUCAAGCAGGCGAGGAGCUUCAUGUCCAAGCUGCUCGCUUCUGGUCAGGGGCAUCGAGACGCGGUGGAAUCGCCAACUGGUUUGCGGAGCCAAGUGCUACUACGCCCUACAUUCUCUGUUAUCUCAAGCGAGUUGGCCAGGAUCGAAAGGUUGCUAACCUGA